AUGAAUUCUAUGGUCUCACAUAGUAAGGCUGAUAUUGGUCUUACAAAUCGCCAGCGUUUUCGAGGUGAACCGCCUGCAUCAACCAUAAGAAAUUGCGAAGAUCCAGCGCAACCUCAACAAACACUACCAGAAAUAAAAAGAACGAAUGCAAGCAUUAAUCAAGAUUAUAACAAAAAUUUUGUUCGUAUUACAAUCAAAAUUCCUCAGAUGAAAACAAGUUUUAAUCUACGAAAAUUUUGUCGUGAACCAAAAAAUGGGAUUCUUACAGAAGCGACAUAUCAUGCAAAUCGAAUUAAUUUUGAAUUUAUAUUAAAUCGUGGUAAAUCAAACGAAUUAAAAUAUCAAUAUUCUAAUCGAGAAGCAUUCCGAGGUCCAAUUGAAUAUAACAAAAGUUAUUUAAAAUAUCGAGACGAAUACGUUGUGUGGUUUAUUCAUAAAACAGAGUCAUGGUAA